AUGGUCCACCGAAUCGCCUUCUGGAGCUGCUUCGGCCUCGCCGUGCGCUUCUGGCAAGUCGGCAUCGAGAUGCGCCCCUUCUUCAACCGCUCCAGCCUGUGGGCCUACCCGGCGUACGCGCUCGGCGGCGCCAGCUUCGGCUACUGGCUGCAGGGCGUCGACGACCGGCAGACGGAGACGCUGCGCGAGCGCAAGGCCCUGCUGCUCGAGAAGCGGGCACGCAAGGCCGCCGCCGAGGCCGAGGCAGAGGCUUAA